GGCUGCUUCCAUUCAUAAUUGAAGGACAUAUCAAGUUCCAAUUAGGUUGGUGAAAAUAAGGAUUUUUGUUUUGUUUUUUGUUUUUUUCUCUCUCGGCUCCUGCACCUCCCCAAUUCUGGGUCCCUGGACCACAAGGUUAAGCAGGAUAAAAAGAGCAGCCCCCUCCAAAGAGUGUCUCUGUAAAUCUCCAGGAAGACAAAGUGGGCUGAAGGUUGGCAGGUAAUCCCAACACAAAAGGGCAUUUUCACUGCGUGGGAAGCAAGAAAGGCAAAAAGGAAAGGCCCACAGGCUGGGGUUUGGAGAGAAAGCAGGAUUUUGGUGUGCUCAUUUGGCUCCAGGCAGGAGAUGCUGUCAUCAGGCAAGGGUGUGCACGGGUGACAGCACAGGUCACCUGCCUAAAAGUGCAGGGAGUUUAGGUUGCAAGCAGGCCCAGGAGAAUUAAUUACUGCAGUGGAAAACAGGAGGGGAGCCAGACAACUGCUGUCUAUUUCAAAGGGAGAAAGUUGUGAGUAAAGAGGCCAGAGUGAGGGUCAGGAUAGAUGGCCCACCACUCCCACCCAGCUCCUCCUGGAGAGGUGGGGGACUCAGAAGAGCUUCCAGAACUUGGUCACUAAUAGAACAUGUUUUCAUUUUUACUGGUUUAAUAAUUUUAAUAUUUUUCCUUAAAUCAAUUCACUUUUAAAGUUAGAUACACUUUUUAAAAAAGUUGUUUAAAAGAUGCGUCAUAACACAACCCAAAUGAGAAUCAUUAUCCUUUGCCACAAAUAGGAGAUACUUGUGAAAACACAGGAACGCAAAAUAGGACAGUUUCCUCCAGAAGGCUCCAACAAGGCUGGGUCUCUAACCCAGAAGGUUUAGGAAGUACACAGAGCAGUUUUUACAAGAGCACGGAAAAAUGGAACUCUGUCUUUUAAUAGACCCCCAGAGUCAAGCCUGCCUCACUGCUGCCUAGGCCACCCUGCUCCUGGAAAAUUUCUCUCUUCAGGGGCAAAAUGUCCACAGACCCCUCAGUCCCUGGGAGCCUGAGCCCGGGCUUCUCCCCCGCCCUCCAGAGGAUUGGGGAAAGCCUGCAAUUAGUACCAGAAUGAAGAUGUCAGCGGCCGUGAAUAAAGAGCGCGGCGCCGCGGCCGCUGCACCGUUAGAGGCCGGCAGACACCCCCGCGGACCCGGCCUGUCCACCAAGCUGCGGGCUCGGCCAGCCUCCGAGCCCUGCACCCAGGAAGAAAGCCCCGUUCUGGGCUGGUCCCUGCUCCACACCGACCUACGCUGGCUUUUCCUCCUGAAAACGGCCCAUUGUUCCCAUUACACAGAGCAGGAGCGCCUCCCCGGGGCCCCAGCACGCCGCGAUACGCAGACCAGACAAAGGUCCUGGAAAGGAAAGUGCCUGUGGGCGUCGGAGAAGGCAGCCGCCACCAACAGAGGAGUCUCCCAGCUGGAGCCACCACCAGCUCCAGCUAUACCUGUCCCGUCCCGCCUCCUAGACCCCGGCGAACCUGGGGAAGGGCCCGAGGUCCCCAGGAGAACGGGAGAUGGAGAGUUCCCAAUGGGGAUGUUACUGGGAAGGGGCGUGGGGGCCCGGGGUACGCCUCCUGCACCGCAAGCGACCCGCACUCGCCUCAGCCGCAGCUUAGACCUACCUGAGGCUGGAGCCCGGGUCGGCUCGAAGCCCAGGCUGAGCCCGAGCAGGGAUCGCGGGCCCGGGUCCCGCCCCGCCCCCUCGCGGCGUUGGUGGCGGCGGCCGCGGGUGUUGCGGCCCCUUUAA